UGUGUGGUUCGACCCCCACGGAAAUCGUACGACAUUGGCAAAACGCACCGCGCUUCCCGUCGGUUCCUGUGGUAGUGAAGAGUCCUGUGUGUGAAAAGGCUGCGAUUUUCCAGCCCAAUCUUCCGCAAUCCGCCAUACCGUAGGAAAUCGAAAAGCAUGACGGCGCCUACAUACGCUUGCGGUGGUGGACCGGGUUUGACCGCUUCUGGACAGAAAAAGCUUCCACGUGCACCGGAAUUCAAUCUGCCGCUGGAGACGAUUGUCCGGAUUGCACUGACGUGUAUUUACAUUGCACUGGAAUUUAAAGCUCCCUUCGUGCGGAAGAUUCAACAGGAGGAACUGUGGCUGUAUCGGAACCCGCGCACCGACAGCUACGUACCACUGACCAUGCUGUGGCCGAUCGUGCUCGGCGUCCCGGGGUUGGUUUUCACGCUGCACUAUCUGAGGUCGCGCGAUCGGCAGGAACUGCGCUGUGCCGUGCUGGCGUUCACGCUCGGCCUCGGUCUGAACGGUGUGGUGACGAACACGGUCAAAAUUGCGGUCGGCCGACCGAGGCCCGAUUUCUUCUGGCGCUGCUUCCCGGACGGUGUGGUCAACGAGCAGCUGCACUGCACCGGCACGGACGUGCGAGCGUUAAUGGACGGGCGCAAGUCUUUCCCAUCCGGACAUUCGUCCUUUGCCUUCGUUGGGCUCGGCUUCCUAAGCUGGUACCUGAUCGGUAAGCUGCACCUGCUGAACGAACGUGGCCGUGGCCGUUCCGUGCGCGUGAUUGCGGCCGGUUUGCCACUGUUUGCCGCAACGAUGAUUGCGAUUAGCCGCACGUGCGACUAUCACCAUCACUGGCAGGAUGUGACGGUUGGUUCGCUGAUCGGGAUCGCACUAUCCUAUCUCUGCUAUCGUCAGUACUAUCCCGCCUUCUCCGACCGCAACUGCCAUCUGCCGUACCACCAUCAGCGGCAGGAAUGCGCCCCGGCAAUGUCCUCGAUGCUGCACAGCCCGAACCGGGCGAAACGUUCGCCGCAGCGUACCGGCACGCCCCCUAGCUCACCGCUGGCCACAAACUAUGUGGUUCCGGACGGUGGUCUGGAACGGGAAGAUUCCGACGAUACCGAGACACGGCGGCUGCUUGGUUCGCCCACCGAGCAGCAGAAGGAGGCCAAGUGGAUUUAAGUUGCAGCCACCCACUACCAUCGGGCGAAUUUAUUGGAACAAAACCUGCAUCGCCAUUGUUACCCUACUCGUCGUCCGCCACGGUGCAACGCAUCGUCACCAAACCCUCCCCCAGCCCGCACUCGAUCACGUCCCCGUGGCGUACCGGUCCCGCACCGGCCGGUGUACCGGUCAGCAGCAAAUCGUUCUCCUCCAGCGUCAUGUAGCGCGACACGUACGCGAUCAGCUCCGCAAUCGGGAAGAUGAGAUUGCGCGUACUGUCGUCCUGCUUCCGCACACCGUUCACAUCGCACCAGACGCGCACAUCGUCCGGGUGGGGAAGUUCGGCACGGCUCACCACCCGGCUGACCGGUGUGGACGUGUCGAAGCCCUUGCCGAGACACCAGGGCAAACCUUUGGGCCGAGCGUCCAGUAUAAAGUCCAUACCGGUCAUAUCGAGCGCUAGGCAGUAGCCGCCGAUGUAGGCCGCUGCCUGGUCGGCGGUUACAUUCGCACACCGCCGCCCGAUGAUGACGCCCAGCUCGGCCUCAAAGUUGAUCACGCCACCGAAGACGCGCGGUAUGCGAAUGGCCGGCGGAGCACUGGCAUCGGCGGCAUCCAACAGGGACGAGAUGGGCUUGAAGAAGAUGACGGGCGCGUCCGGUUUGGCGGCGUUCGUGAGGCGCAAAAUUUCUCUGUACGAUAGGACAUUUGUUUUAGCAAGCGUUAGAAGCAGUAGAACGGAAGGAACCGAGCGUAGUAAGUUAUUUUAAACGGAUUGACAAAGUUAACCACGCAUUUCAAACCCACACACACACACACACACACAAGAUGGCGAGUGAUUUAGUACCUUGUUAAGUAGUUAAUUCCUUCCGUCCGUUUUAAGUUAAAUGAAGAGGGUCGUUCUCCAGUUUUAACCAUCCGGUUAAUUCCAGCAAAUGUGUGGACGGUGAUUUUUAUUCCGAAUUUAUUCCGAUCUUACGUUAAGAAAACACUAACAAACCAGGGCGACCCCAGUUUUCUGUUGGCGAUACGAUCAAUGAAGCUGUGUAACGAUGGAACUUACUUGUA